GGUUGACGACAGAGUCGAUCUUGCGCAAGCCGCCCCACGCCAUGCCCCGGGACCGCCUGUCGAGCGACCUCUCGUCCGGUCCAUCGCGCUCGCGCAGCAACGCGCGGACGUCGAACCCAUCGGUGGCCCAUGACAUGAUCCCGCUGCCAGCGUCGCUGCGGUCCGGGCCCUCGGCGUCGCUGCUGUGCCCGCCCAUUGACGAGCUGCCGACCGAUGGCAUGAUCCACGCCGAAGACAUCUUCCGCGAGUCGUUCGAGAGCUACACGAGCGACUACGACACGAACGGCUGGGAGUUCUCGUCAUCGCGGUCGCUCACGGACUUUGCCAUGUCGUCACGGUCGAUGCACGACUUUGGCGCCUCGUCGCGAUCGCUCCUGGACUUUGCCGCGUCGUCGCGGUCGCUCCACGAGUUUGCCACGUCGCGCUCGACGCUGACCAACCGCAUGUACCGUGCGUCCAACUCGGCGCGCGAAAGCAUGAUGCUUGAAGAGAUCUCCGAGACGGACCUCUCGGCCGUGCUCGACGAAGAAGACGAAGAGACCAUCAUGCACGAGAAGCGGUCCAACUCGAUCAUGUCGGAAGACAACGAGUUCAAGCAGCGACAGGCCAAGUCCCGCUGGGCGCAGCAAGUCAAGCUCAAGGCGACGCGGUUCCUCGAAGCCUCCAAGGCGCAGCUCGCCGCGAACCACUCGAGUUCGUUCAAGAAGGGGUCGUCCCUCGAUGCAGCGAUUGCAGCGGCGGCCGGGCACCCCGAAGGCUCGACGCUGCAGAAAUGGAACCGAUGGCUCUACGACCACUACAGCACCAACGUCAAGAGCGUGCCCACGUCGUGGGGCAAGGUGCUGCAGCUGCCCAACACGAUUGCCAAGUGGAAUCGUGAGGACCCGCAAACGUCCCACCCGAUCGAGCCACUGAGUCUUGUCGCGCUCGAAGAGGUCGUCAACACACCCAAGAUGAUGCGCUACUACGCUUCGUGGCUCAAGACCGAGCAAGACCAGUGCAAGCUCUUCUUCCUCUGCAGCCUUGACGAGUACCGUGUGUUUUGGCGCAUGGUGGUGCAGCGACCCGACAUGACCGCAUCGUCCAAGUCGCUCCUCGCGAUGAGCGACGAGAACAAGAGCCUGCUCCAGACGUACGGCCAGAAGCUCUUGCUCAAGUACGUCACGGCCGGCUCGCAGUUCUACGUCGGUGACGACAUGGUCGUCCACCUCCCAACUGUCCAAGCCGACAUUCACAACGGCGGCGAGGCGGCGCUGCAUGCGUUCGACCAGAUCGCACGCAACGUCAAGCAGCAUUUGAUGCUGACGUUUCCGUCGUUCCGGACCACCGACCUGUACGCCGACAUGCUCGCGAGCGUCGAGCGCACGCUCCUGCCGCUCGACGCGAUUCUGCUCAACCGGCUGCUGUGCAACUUUUUCUGGCUCUUCCUCUUCCAGCACCAGUACCACAAUGAAGUCGCCUUGUACAUGGAGAUCCAGUACGACUUCAAGCGGCUCUACCGACAGUACGCCGACUCGAAGCUGCCGCGCAAGACGCGCAUGCAGCUCGGGUCGGACGCGGUCGCGAUGCUGCAGUACAUUCGGCAAAAGUACUUUGACGGCAACGACGACUUUACCGAUUUGGAAGCGUCCGUCUCGGCGGCCCAUACGCGGCUCCACAAGGAACAAGAAGCCAUUUUUGAAAAGCUCGAGGAAAACUACGAAGAACUCUACUUUCGGUUUAUCGCGAGCCCAGCGUACGCGGAAUUUGCCUUGUACCCGCGCAGCAACUCGGACGACAGCGUGCAUCGGCUCUCGGAGCUCCUCUUGCACUACGGUCUCCGCGCUCACCCGCCCGUGAUGGCGCCCGAGCGGCCGCGCCCGUCGCUGCUCGAGAUGCCAAAGUCGUGGGUCUACUCGAUCGUGAGCUUCGAGUCGGUCUUCCGCGCCGACGGCCACACGUUUGAGCUGCAGUGGAUCUCGUACGACGAGCACAUGGACCUCGACCAGACGAUCGAGUCGUUCCUCGUGCCAUGGUGCAAGGACGCGAGUCAGUGCGUCAUGCUCAGUCACGCGACGCCCGACCCAAUCGCGUUCAACACGCGCGCGCUCACGGGCGAAACAGAGCUCUUUGGCGCAGUCCUCACGCUCUUCAAGCCGUUCCGCGACGAUGCGAAGGGCGCAUCGUACUACAUUCCCUUUGGUGUCGCCGUCUUCUCAAUGUUCCCGCUCUUUGACACUCUCCGCGAUCGACUCGGAGAAGCGUACAAGAGCCUUGCGCCGUCGACGUCGACGUCGUCGUUUCACUUGGACGAAGCGGUUGUCUCGGCCAUCUCGCGGCCGGUCGUCGACGUCCUCCCGUCGUUCGUCGCCUCGCUGCCGCCGCUUGGCUUUUCCCUGCACCUCCUCUUUGACACGCUCGACGUGUCGAACGUGCUCACAGUCUUUACGGCCGUCCUCCUCGAGUGUCGGGUGCUGCUCAUCUCGUCGCAGUACACAGUGCUGGCGCUCGUGGCCGAGACGCUCCGGACGCUGAUUGCACCGCUCAACUGGCCGCACGUGUACGUGCCCGUGCUCCCCGGCCGCAUGCUCGACUACCUCCAGUGCCCGACGCCGUUUCUCUUUGGCGUGCAGAAGGACCUCCUCGACGCCAGCCUCCUCAGCGAGCUCGGCGACGAAGUGCUCUGCGUCGAUCUCGACACGAGCAUGGUCGUGCAAGGCGAGAUUCCGGUCGGGCUUCCAACGCCAGUGUGGAAACGCCUUCACUCGACGCUCCGGAGCUGCCUCAAGGCCCACGUGACGCAGAGCGACCAUGUGUUUGGAAGCUCAUUCCCGCGCCAAGUGGCGCCGUUUCCCGACGUGCGCAUCCGCCUCGCGUUCAAAGAGGCGGUCGAGAUGCUCAUCGGGACGGGCGACAACGACGAGGGCGCCGACGUGCAUUUUGGCCGGUUCCGCUACCUCUGGGACGACCAGUACCAGGAAAAGGUCGUCUUCUUCGACGAGGCUGGGUACCUCGCGCUCUCGCCGCUCGCCAUGCGGCCGUUCCGGACGUCGUUCAUCUCGACGCAGGCGUUCUCCGAGUACGUUGUUGUCCGCAACGGCUUUCGUGACAAGCAGCGAUGAGAUGGCAAUGCAAUCGUCUUCUUCUUCGUCGCA